GGGGAAGCUGCAAGGGAAGCUUGGCACAGCUGAGGGGAUCUCUGCACGGGAGGGGGCCUGUUGGCAGCAGAGUUGGGUCUGGUUUGGUCACUGGGGUGACUGCCUGGACUGCACUGACAUUAAUCCCCACUGAGAGGGACUGGCAAACAGGAGGGGAGCAUCAGGUGCACUGUUCUCAGUGCAAAUCAAAAGCGUUUUCUCAUGUUCUGUUGACCUGUGUGACACCUGGUGAGGGAGGAGCUGGCUCAGCUGACUGGCACUUGACAAGCUUCUGUCUGUCCCUUGGAGGCUGUGCUAGAAAACAGCGCAGUCCUUCCUGGCUGAAGACCCAACCUGGCAAGAGGACGGUGCAUUCUAGCAGUUUGGAGUGGGUGUCUCUUUCCCGAGCUCUGCUGUUGACUCACUGUGUGACCUGGGGCAGAUCAUUCCAUCUCCCUGAGCCUCUGCCUCCCCAUCUGUGAAAUUGAGAUGCUGGAGAGAAGGGCAGACAGCAGGACCACGCGUCACUCCACAUGGAGGCUCUUGGUAGACAUUUGUCCAUCAUGACUGGCCCCAUCAGUACUGUGCCAGGGCCCAUGAGGAGCAAAAGCACCUGAGCAUCAACAGCAUCAAUGGCUGCAGGGGGAUCAGGACACAGAAGCUUGGAGGAGGGACCUGACUGCCAUGCGCGUAGCGGUGAUUGGGGCGGGGGUGAUCGGACUGUCCACAGCCUUGUGCAUCUACGAUCAGCAUCACUCGGUCGUCCAGCCCCUGGAAAUUGAGGUCUAUGCUGACCGGUAUACGCCACUCACCACCAGCGAUGGAGCAGCAGGGCUCUGGCAGCCCUACGUGGACAAUAAGAGAAACGCUCAAGAAACGCUCUGGAACAAAGAGACAUUUGAUUACCUGUGUGGACACCUGAACUCACCGGAAGCAGAAGAAAUGGGACUCUUCCCAAUUUCUGGCUACAAUCUCUUUACACAGCCAGUUCCGGACCCACCUUGGAAGGACAUUGUCCUGGGAUUUAGGAAUCUGACAGCAAAAGAGCUUGAACUCUUCCCUGGUUACAGCUAUGGUUGGUUUAACACAGCACUAAUCUUAGAGGGCAAGAGCUAUUUGCCUUGGCUUACCAAGAGGUUAAAGCAGAGAAGAGUCAAGUUUUUUCAUAAGAAGAUUGAAUCCUUCCAUGAGAUGGCUGCCAAGGGUGUGGAGGUUAUAAUAAACUGUACUGGGGUCCGUGCAGGGGAACUGCAACCAGACCCAGGGUUAAUGCCAGGCCGAGGACAAAUCAUAAAGGUCCUGGCCCCUUGGGUGAAGCAUUUCAUCAUGACUCAUGAUCUUGAAUCUGGAAUCUAUAACUCACCAUACAUUGUACCCGGGAGCAAGCUAGUGACCUUGGGAGGGAUAUUUCAGCUGGGAAACUGGAACGAAGAGAACAGCCCCCAGGAUCACAAAACAAUUUGGGAAAAUUGCUGCAAGCUGCUCCCCAGUCUCCAGAAGGCAAAGAUUGCGGAUGAAUGGAGUGGCUUGCGCCCUGUGCGCUACACAGUUCGGUUGGAGAGAGAGGCAAUUCGUCAUGGACCUUUAAAAUCAGAGGUGAUACACAACUAUGGCCACGGUGGUUUCGGACUCACCAUCCACUGGGGAUGUGCCAUGGAAGCCGCCAGGAUCUUCGGAAGGGUUCUAGAAGAAAAGAAGCUGGCCCGACCACCACAGUCCCAUCUUUGAUUUAACAGAAAUAGUCUAAUGAUCAUUCACAUUUUUUCCAUGGCAAAUCUGCGAUAGGCCCACAGCAACAGUAGAGGACGGAUGGGAAGAAACUGUUGGUUGUGUGCAGCAGUCACAUGACCAACAAUAGCACCAGGAAGUCGCAGGGCAAAGGCAAAAAUAAAUAACUCAGUGAUGCAUGUCCUCUGUUUGAUGCCCUCAGUAGCUCCAAGACUGGUCUCUAGGGUACAGUUUUCGGAUUGUUACCAAUUAACUCCCUGUUGCUACUGUUUGCCAGGCAGCUGGCUCAUCCUUGCUCUGUUCAUAUAAACUACACCAUGGAAACAUAAAUAAAACCUGUGUUAUUGUA